AUGGGGGCAAAUUUUUCUUGCCCAUCUUUUGAUGAUUUGGAUAGUCAAUUCGAUGCUGUCCUCAUGAGAUCGAUCAGUUUUGGGAAUGAUGAUCAUAUGGACGGUCCUUUUCGAUCUAUAAGUUUCAAUGGUCGUGAUUCUGAACCAGUCAUAAUGAGAUCAUACUGUUCAGGGAAGAUGAUAUUUGAAGGAUCUCUUAGUUUUAAAGCCAGGGAACUAGAGACCAUGAUGUCAAUAAAGACUCCUUCAUCUGCUAAAGAAAACAAGGUGUUUGUUCAAUCAUUGAGCUUCAAUAACAAAGAUGUUGACGAUGACCAAUCGCCAACACCAGACAGUGUUCCGGGAAAAAAGCCCCCUUCUGCAGUGGGAAAUCACAGAUACCAGGCUGCAUUGAAGCUGCAGAAGGUGUACAAAAGUUUCCGAACAAGAAGGCAGCUGGCAGAUUGUGCAGUUCUUGUGGAGCAGAAAUGGUGGAAACUGCUAGAUUUUGCAGAACUCAAGCGGAGUUCUAUAUCCUUCUUUGACAUUGAGAAACCUGAGACGGCAGUUUCACGUUGGUCUAGAGCCAGAACCCGAGCUGCCAAGGUGGGAAAAGGUUUGUCGAAGGAUGAAAAGGCCAGGAAACUUGCUUUACAGCAUUGGCUUGAGGCAAUUGAUCCUCGACAUCGUUAUGGGCAUAAUCUUCAAUUUUAUUAUGUCAAAUGGCUUCACUGUGAUAGCAAACAGCCUUUCUUCUACUGGCUUGAUAUAGGAGAAGGAAAAGAAGUCAAUCUUGUGGAUAGAUGCCCUCGAACGAAGCUUCAACAGCAAUGCAUCAAGUAUCUUGGUCCGACAGAACGGGAGGCUUAUGAAGUUGAUGUAGAGAAUGGGAAGUUCUUCAACAAGCAAACGGGGAAGCUUCUCGACACAACAGGAGGACCCAAAGAUGCAAAGUGGAUUUUUGUCCUGAGCACUUCGAAAACAUUGUAUGUUGGGUUGAAGAACAAAGGCACAUUUCAGCAUUCAAGUUUUUUGGCUGGAGGAGCCACAUUGGCUGCCGGGAGAUUAGUAGUAGAGGAUGGCAUUCUGAAGGCAGUUUGGCCUCACAGUGGGCAUUAUCUCCCAACAGAGGAAAAUUUUCAGGAAUUCAUGUCUUUCCUUAUGGAACACAACGUAGAUCUUGCUAAUGUAAAGAAAAACCCCACUGAUGAGGAAGAAGAGUCCUCUAACAAAAAGGGAAGCCGCAGUUUCCAUCAAAGAAACUCAAGCAAACGAGAGUUAUACCAAGAUGCUGAAGGAACUGAUUCCAGAAACUCAGCUCAGGAUGAAACCAAUUCAGGAAAACAGGAUGCCAAUGCUGUAGGAAAUCCAGAGCUGCCUAAGUCAAGAUUGUCCAGGAGAUUCUGCUCAAAGAUAGCAAGACUUAAAAUACCAGAGAAAAAUGACGUGGUAGAGAUGUUUAAGGAAGAGCUGCCUCCAGGACCAAGUUGCACCACUUCUACCAUAGACUCUCCGUCGGAUGAUGGCUAUGAGACAGCAGAAGAGUCAUUUCUAUCUGAGGAAGACUUCAUAGUUGCCAAGAUGAACUUGUUUGGUGAAGACGAUGAAAAUAAUGGAGAAGAGGAACCCCCCAUUACAAAAGAAACAAUUCUUCAGAGAAUAAAUUCACAUAGAAGAACAAAGUCAUAUCAGCUGGCUCAGAGAUUAUCAAGUAAAUGGACAACGGGGGCAGGGCCACGGAUUGGUUGCAUGAGAGACUACCCUUCAAGACUCCAGUUUCGGGUUUUAGAGCAAGCAAACUUGUCUCCGAGACUGUCUCGAUCUAAAAAUGCAAGGGGUUUUUGCCAAAAUGUCUUAACUCCAACUAUUUUUUCUGAAGAGAGAAUAGCUCUGAAACAGAAACACCAAAUCUCAAUGGGCAGAAGUUCACUUGCUUCAGUGCAGGGGAUUUUGUCUCAAACAAGAACACCAUAGCCAAUAGUUGUUGGGAAAGAAAAAUAAAUAAUGUAUUAUUGUUUUUUUUCAGUUUUGUAUUUGGGUAGAGAAGAUACAACAACAAUAACAACAAAACCAAGUCUUAGUCCCACCAAGUGGAAUCGGCUAUAUGAAUCAUUUUCCGCC